GAAUAAAUAUUAGUUGCGCUGGACUUUCGCUGCCGUGCGGUUGUUUGCUCUCAAAGCAAAAAAAUCACAAAAUAUAAAUAAAAACAGUUAUCGCAAAAAUUGCAAAUUACAAGUGGAAAUAAUUAAGAAAUGACGUCACUGGACGGAAAGGUGUUUUCUUGGAUAUGCUUGCUCUUUCUAAUUUUAGAGAUCACUCAUACGGAAGGCAUCUGCCAUUGAUGAUAAAUGCAUGCACUCGGAUAGCUGUGAAAGAUGUUUAUCCACUCACUUGGAAUGCGCCUGGUGCACCGGCAAGGAAUAUACUGUUGGCUAUCGGUGUCUCUCUCGCUCUCAGCUCUUGGCUAACAACUGCACUGAGACGGAUAUAUACGAAAAUCAGCCGGUUCUAGAUGUCCUGCAGGAUAAGCCUUUAAAGGACUACGAGACCACCGAUCAGGCAAUUCAAGUGAGACCCCAAAGAGCAUACCUCAAGUUAGUCAAAGGAAACACGCAACGAAUCAAGCUGAGCUAUAGGACGGCAAGCAAUAAUCCACUCGAUUUGUACGUGCUGAUGGACCUCACCUGGACGAUGAGGGACGACAAGGACACCCUGGAGGAGUUGGGAGCUCAACUCAGUCAGACUUUGAAGAACUUAACAGGAAACUAUCGUCUAGGCUUUGGCUCGUUUGCGGAUAAGCCAACGUUUCCCAUGAUCUUGCCGCAGUACAAGGAAAACCCAUGUGCCGCGGAGAGGGCUCAAUGUGAACCCACCUAUGGCUUUAGACAUCAGUUGUCCUUAACUGAUAAUAUCCCUGCUUUUACUGGAGCCGUGGCCAAUAGUAAGAUCACUGGGAAUUUGGAUAAUCUGGAAGGUGGCUUGGAUGCCCUUAUGCAGGUUAUAGUGUGCACCAAGGAAAUCGGUUGGAAGGAACAGGCUCGAAAAGUGGUGAUCCUAGUAACCGAUGGCUUCAUGCAUCUGGCUGGAGAUGGUCUCCUAGCUGGUAUUAUAGAGCGCAACGAUAAGCAAUGCCAUCUUAAUGAGGCAGGUGAGUAUACAGGCUCCUUGGACUAUGAUUACCCAUCGCUGGAGGAGAUCUAUCGGGAGUUACUGCGCCGCAAGAUCAAUGUGAUCUUUGCUGUUACCCAGAAUGUGGUGAGCAGCUACAGGGAACUCAGUGCCCUGAUGAAGGAAAUCAGUUAUGUGGACAUCUUAAGUGCUGAUUCCUCUAAUAUCUUGGAGCUUAUCAAGAAGAGCUAUGAGAGUCUCAUCAAACGCACUCAGUUCGCUGAUAACAGUCCGGACUAUAUAGAUAUGGUCUACUAUACGGACUGCGGCGGCCAGUUUCCCACUUUGCAGAAACGCAAUUACUGCAAUAAUGUUAAUUUGGGCAAGGAGAUCGACUUCUAUGUGGACGUUACAUUGAAAAAAUAUCCGGAGGAUAAGGUUUAUACCCACAAAAUCCGAGUAGAAGAAACCUCCCUCAGCGAGUACAUGGACUUGGAUGUGGAGCUGCAGCGUCCGUGCCCGUGUCAGGAAACACCGGAACCGGAAAACGAGUUCGGGCGUUUCCAGUGCCAGGACCAGGGAUAUAUGUACUGUGGAAUGUGCAUUUGCGACAGUGGAUGGACUGGCACCUUCUGCACCUGCCCCAUAGACUCCACAAACGUAACCAGUAACGAAGCUCUGCUCCAGAAAUGCCGUCAGCCAUUGGCGGAUAGGACAACCUCCGAGUUGGUCUGUUCCAAUCAUGGUGAUUGCGAUUGUGGAAGUUGUCAGUGUGAUAUUGGCUAUACGGGUCCAUACUGUGAGUGCCGCGAGUGCUUGGAUUGUGAUGAAAAGCUGGCGGAUUGCUUCUGCGGGCAGUGUGUCUGCAAAUAUGGAUGGUCCGAGAACGGAUGCAAUUGCGAUGUGGAUACGGAUGCCUGUGUGGGACCAACGGGGGAGAUUUGCUCGAAGCGAGGGACUUGCGAGUGCGAGGAGUGCCAGUGUGAGGAGCCUUAUUUGGGAAAAUUCUGUGAAAUCGAUCCGGAAAAGGAUAACAAGCUGUGCCUGUUCUAUGAGCCCUGUGUCACCUGUCUAAUCGAACAGAAACAAGGAAUGGGCGCCUGUGAGAACUUAACUCAGAUAUGCAGCAGCUUGGAUCGACAGGAAACCUAUUCCUAUUCCUUUGUCCAUGAACUGGAUCCGGAGCAGGAUCAGUGCUUGGUGCGAAUGGUGAACAAACAUGGCAUGCAAUGUGAUAGCUUCUUUGUCUACAAGGUCGUCGAUCAUUCCAAUUUUUUGACCAUUCAAGCUGUGGACUGCGAACCCGUGGAUUAUGUGGCCCUCGUGGGUUAUAUAUCGGCGUUUACCUUGCUAAUUGGUCUCUUGAUCAUCUUCCUAAUCCUGUGGUGCAUUCGUGCCAAGGAUGCCAGGGAGUAUGCCAAGUUUGAUGAAGAGCAAAGGAACAAUGUCAGACAAGAGAAUCCACUGUACAGGGAUCCUGUGGGCAGAUACGUAGUGCCCAAGGCUCUUAGCGUAAAAUACGAUGAGAAUCCUUUUGCCAGUUGAACAAAAAUAUAGUUUUAAGAUUUAACUUUAAGUCUAAGAAAGUCUCCUCAAGCUUGAGGCUUAAACAGAUCUUGUCAGUAACCCAAAAAUAACAAACUUAAGAAACUAUUUUUAAGAAGUAUUGCCAAAAAAAACACUUUUUUAAGUUCCAUUUUUUAUAUAAUAUAUUUUGAACAUAAUUUUGUUUUUUUUUUUACAUAAAAUUUGAUAAAUUUGUUCAAUAAUUCGUAUAUAAUAUCUAAACUAAUAUUAACUAAGAAUUUGUUAUAGCUAAGAAAACGAGUAUAAAAUAUUUUUAACAAA